AUGAAUAUUACCUCCGAAAAAAUGCACAACCUGGAGAUAAAGAAACACUCAAGGGUUGACUUGCUUCUCCUGAGGAACUCCGACCUCCAUUCUUUUCGGAAGCUCCAAAGGGAUGUAGACGAAAUGGGCCUCCUGUCUAGCGCGGAGCAGCACCUGUCGGGAAUUUUGACAACUUUAGACAACGUCGCGGAAAAGGACAACACCCUAUACUGCUUAACACAGCAAGGUGAUCUAAUUGGGAUGUUAAAGAUUGGUACAAAAAAGCUGUACUUAUAUAACGGGAAAGACUUACACUGCGGAAGCUGUGCUUGUUUAUUAGAUUUUUACAUACAGAGGAACUUCCGGAAGAGGGGCCUUGGGCUUGAACUAUUUAACUUCAUGCUGAAAGACAAGGCGAUCUCCCCAUCCAGAUUAUGCUAUGAUAACCCAUCCUACAAACUGCGGAGCUUCUUGAAGAAGCACUUCUCCCCGUGCGCGCUGAUCAAGCAGCCGAACAAUUUCGUCAUCUUUGCGGAGUACUUUGGCGAACCGGACACAGCCCCCUUCGAGCAAUGA